UCCUGGAGCUCGCGCUGGCCUCGGGUAAGAGAGACGAGACUUCAGCUGGAAGGAAGACCAAAGACCGAAGAGUUUGUGGAAAUAUUUACCUCACUGUGAAAGGGAGCUUGGUGUAGAGAUUCCCCGUUGAGGUGGUAUCUCUUCGCGAUGCCAAGAUGGCAAGCCUUGUCCCUCGCACAGGCUCAUACACAUUACGCAAAUUCACCCCAGAGUCCCUGGCGGAGAUCGACAGGCUCAUCCAGGAGAGGAGCACCAGGGAGGAAGUAGACGGGGUUGAGGAGGAACCACUGGCACCAAGCAAUGAUCUGGAGGCAGGAAAGUGUCUGCCCAUGAUCUAUGGUGAACCACCAAAAGAUCUCCUCAACACGCCUCUGGAGGAUCUAGACCCCUUCUAUAAAGCACAGAAAACGUUUAUUGUCAUAAGCAAGGGAAACACAAUCUACAGGUUUUCAGCUGAACCAGCAAUGCUUUGUAUCAGUCCUUUUAGUCUUGUCAGAAGAGGAGCCAUCAAAAUUCUUAUACAUUCAUUGUGCUUCAAAUAUUUUAGUUUGUUCAUCAUGAUCACCAUCCUGUCCAACUGCGUGUUCAUGACAAUGAGUAACCCUCCAGCCUGGAGUAAAACAGUCGAGUAUGUUUUUACUGGUAUAUAUACCUUUGAAGCAACAAUCAAACUUUUGUCACGAGGCUUCUGCAUAGGACCUUUCACAUUCCUACGUGAUCCAUGGAACUGGCUUGAUUUCAUGGUGAUUAGCAUGGCGUACAUCACAGAGUUUGUAGACCUUGGUAAUGUGUCAGCACUGAGGACGUUUCGUGUGCUUCGAGCUCUCAAAACAAUCACAGUUAUCCCUGGUUUGAAAACCAUUGUCGGGGCUUUGAUUCAGUCAGUCAAGAAGAUGGUAGACGUAAUGAUUUUGACCGUCUUUGCACUGGCUGUAUUUGCCCUCAUUGGCCUGCAGCUGUUCAUGGGAAAUCUACGUCAUAAGUGCAUCCGUUGGCCCAUUCCCAACAGCACCAUCUUUGAUGUCUACAACUCCACCAUGGCCAAUGACACCACCCUCAACGUCACAGAUACUUUCGAUUUCAAAGCAUACAUAAGCAAUGAAGAAAACCAAUACUUUCUGGAAGAAAGUUUAGAUGCUUUAAUAUGUGGUAACAGCUCUGAUGCUGGGAGGUGCCCAGAAGGAUACACUUGUAUGAAGGCUGGCCGAAACCCAAAUUAUGGCUACACCAGCUAUGACAACUUUGGCUGGGCCUUUCUCGCCCUCUUCAGAGUCAUGACUCAGGACUAUUGGGAGAAUCUCUUCCAGUUGACCCUUCGUGCUGCUGGGAAGACCUACAUGAUCUUCUUUGUGGUGGUCAUCUUCCUGGGCUCUUUCUACCUCAUCAAUCUGAUCUUGGCUGUGGUUGCGAUGGCAUAUGAUGAGCAGAAUGCGGCCACCUUGGCUGAGGCCAUUGAGAAAGAAGAGAAGUUUCAAAGAUUGCUAGAGCAGCUCAGGAACCAAGAGGUAGGCAGUAAAGCAUCUCUGGCCAGCCAGACAACUCAAAGUCGAGGGUCAAACAGGACAGGUUCCCUGCACAGUCUUGACGGCGAUGAUGCCAUAAAGGACUGUAAUGGCCGGAUUGUGCCCCGCCUCAUCAUCAACAGAGUCUCCUCUGACAGAGAGUUAUCACAAGAGAAAUUCACAAGAGAUCCGCCUGAAGAGGAUGACAAGUCCAUGAGCUCCAAACACAGCAUGCAGUACCUGGACCAGCCUAAGCUCUCCAAGAGAACAGCUAGUGCCGUCAGUGUGCUCACUGCCACGAUGGAGGAUCUUGAAGAUGCUCAGAGGCCUUGUCCUCCGGGCUGGUAUAAAUUCGCUGAUAUUUUCCUUAAAUGGGACUGCUGGGCUCCCUGGGUCAUCUUUAAGAAUUGGGUUCAUUUUGUAGUGAUGGACCCAUUUGUUGAUCUAGGUAUCACCAUCUGCAUUGUUCUCAACACACUUUUCAUGGCCAUGGAGCACUACCCCAUGAGUACGGAUUUCGAACAUGUUCUCUCAGUAGGCAACUUGGUAUUUACAGGAAUCUUCACAGCUGAAAUGGUGUUCAAGCUUAUUGCUUUGGACCCCUACUACUACUUCCAGGUGGGCUGGAACAUUUUUGACAGCAUCAUUGUCACACUCAGUCUGGUAGAGUUGGGACUGGCCAAUGUUCAGGGAUUGUCCGUUCUUAGGUCCUUCCGUUUGCUACGUGUCUUCAAACUCGCUAAAUCUUGGCCCACCCUUAGCAUGCUGAUUAAGAUCAUCGGCAACUCAGUCGGUGCCCUGGGGAACCUAACGCUUGUCCUGGCCAUCAUCGUCUUCAUCUUCGCCGUGGUGGGCAUGCAGCUCUUUGGCAAGAGCUACAAGGACUGUGUUUGUAAGAUCUCUCAGGACUGCGAGCUUCCCCGCUGGCACAUGAACGACUUCUUCCACUCUUUUCUCAUCGUCUUCCGGAUCUUGUGUGGAGAGUGGAUCGAGACCAUGUGGGACUGCAUGGAGGUGGCGGGAGCAAACAUGUGUUUGAUAGUCUUCAUGAUGGUCAUGGUCAUUGGAAACCUUGUGGUGCUGAAUCUGUUCCUGGCCCUGCUGCUCAGCUCCUUCAGUGGGGAUAACCUGUCUGCAGGUGAUGACGAUGGUGAGAUGAACAACCUUCAGAUCGCCAUUGGUCGCAUCACCAGGGGUAUAGAUUGGCUCAAAGCCUUCGUCGCCAGUAUGGUGGGACAGAUUCUAGGAAAGAAACCUCCUGACAAUAAGGAGGGAGGAGUGGACGGAGACAUAGAACUAUAUGCUUUAAACCACCUGGAUGAGGGAAAAAUGGCAGAUGGCUUGACCAACUCUUUGUCUCUGACACUGACUGUGCCCAUUGCUCGUUUUGAGUCCGAUGUUGAAGAGGACUCCGAUGAAUCUUCUGAUGAGGAGGACAGAGAGGCCACUCUUAAUGAUGACGACUCUUCGGUUUGUAGCACAGUGGACUACCGACCUCCAGAACCUGAGCCUGAGCCCGAAGAGGAAGAAGAACCUGAGCCUGAAGAGCCAGAGUCCUGUUUCACAGAGGGUUGUGUUAAGCGCUGUACAUGUUUGAGUGUAGACGUCACUGAAGGGUGGGGGAAAAAGUGGUGGAACCUGCGAAGAACAUGCUUCACCAUCGUUGAGCAUGACUACUUUGAGACCUUCAUCAUCUUUAUGAUCCUCCUUAGCAGUGGAGCACUGGCUUUUGAGGAUAUCAACAUUGAGCGCCGCAGAGUGAUCAAGAUCAUCCUGGAGUAUGCUGAUAAAGUCUUUACAUACGUUUUCAUUGUGGAGAUGUUACUGAAGUGGGUGGCAUACGGUUUCAAGACGUACUUCACUAAUGCAUGGUGCUGGCUGGACUUCCUCAUUGUGGAUGUGUCUCUGGUCAGUUUAGCAGCCAAUUUAAUGGGCUAUUCUGAGUUGGGACCAAUCAAAUCUCUCAGAACACUCAGGGCUCUUCGACCCCUUCGAGCUCUGUCGAGAUUUGAGGGAAUGAGGGUGGUGGUGAACGCACUGGUUGGGGCAAUUCCCUCCAUUUUUAAUGUGCUCCUGGUGUGUCUGAUAUUCUGGCUCAUCUUCAGCAUUAUGGGAGUCAAUCUGUUUGCUGGAAAGUUCUACCACUGCAUCAACACCACCACAGAGGAACGCUUUCCCAUGGAUGUGGUCAACAACAGGAGUGACUGCAUGGCACUGAUGCACACCAAUGAGGCGCGCUGGGUUAAUGUCAAGGUCAACUAUGACAACGUGGGUCUUGGCUACCUCUCUCUACUGCAAAUUGCCACAUUCAAAGGCUGGAUGGAUAUCAUGUAUGCUGCAGUGGAUUCUAGAGAGGUGGAAGAGCAGCCAUCAUAUGAGAUCAACCUUUACAUGUACCUAUAUUUUGUUAUUUUCAUCAUUUUUGGCUCCUUUUUCACUCUCAACCUCUUCAUUGGUGUCAUCAUUGACAACUUUAAUCAGCAAAAGUCAAAGUUUGGAGGGGAAGACCUUUUCAUGACAGAGGAACAGAAAAAGUACUACAAUGCCAUGAAGAAAUUGGGUUCCAAAAAACCUGCAAAACCUAUCCCUCGGCCUUCGAAUAUUAUCCAGGGUGUGGUGUUUGACUUCAUCUCAAAACAGUUCUUUGACAUCUUUAUCAUGGUGCUUAUCUGCCUCAAUAUGGUGACCAUGAUGAUAGAGACAGAUGACCAGAGUACUGAGAAAGAGGAUAUCCUAUACCUGAUCAAUUUGGUGUUCAUCAUCAUCUUCUCAGGGGAAUGCGUACUUAAGAUGUUUGCGCUCAGACAGUACUUCUUCACUAUUGGCUGGAAUGUCUUUGAUUUUGUUGUGGUCAUCCUUUCUGUAGCAGGUCUGAUGUUAUCGGACAUCAUUGAGAAGUACUUUGUGUCUCCCACCUUGUUCCGUGUCAUCCGACUUGCUAGGAUCGGCCGUGUGCUUCGUCUCAUCAGAGGUGCGAAAGGCAUUAGGACUCUUUUGUUUGCCUUGAUGAUGUCACUUCCUGCCCUCUUCAACAUUGGACUGCUUCUGUUCCUCAUCAUGUUCAUCUUCUCAAUUUUUGGCAUGUCUAACUUUGCCUAUGUGAAAAAGCAGGCAGGCAUCGAUGACAUCUUCAACUUUGAAACAUUUGGCGGUAGCAUCAUCUGUCUGUUUGAGAUCACAACCUCGGCAGGCUGGGAUGGGCUUCUGCUGCCUAUUAUGAACAGCGGCCCUCCAGAUUGUGACCCUGACAUAGAGAACCCCGGUACAGACGUUCGGGGUAACUGCGGGAAUCCUGGCAUGGGAAUCAUGUUUUUCUGCAGUUACAUAAUCAUGUCGUUCCUGGUGGUUGUGAACAUGUACAUUGCUAUCAUUCUUGAGAACUUCAAUGUUGCUCAAGAGGAGAGUGGAGACCCACUCUGCGAGGAUGACUUUACGAUGUUCGACGAGACAUGGGAAAAGUUUGACGUUGAUGCUACACAGUUCAUCGAAUACAACCGCUUGUUUGACUUUGUCGAUGUCUUGCAGGAACCUCUGCGAAUUGCCAAACCCAACCGCCUCAAACUAAUCACCAUGGAUCUGCCCAUUGUAACCGGAGACAAAAUCCACUGUCUGGAUAUUCUUCUGGCAGUUACCCGCGAGGUUCUUGGUGACACCAUCGAGAUGGAUGCCAUGAAGGAGAGCAUUGAAGCCAAGUUCAUAAUGAACAACCCCACAUCUGCCUCAUUUGAGCCAAUCACCACCACUCUCAGGAGGAAGGAGGAAGAGCGAGCAGCCAUUGCAGUUCAACGAACAUACCGUAGACAUCUCCUCAAACGUGCUAUCCGACAUGCCUGCUUUAUGCGUCGCUCAAAGAGAAAAGUUAGUAGUCAGGGCGACGAAGAACCUCCUGAAACCCAAGGGCUAAUUGAAAGGAAAAUGGAUGCCUUGUAUGGUAGCAACCCAGAACUUGCCAUGGCUCUUGAGUUGCAGGCUAGGCCUAUGCCGUCUAAUGGACAGCCACCUGAGCCCACCUCGGUCCCGCAGCAUAGAGCAUCAGUGACCUACCCUCGGCCGCAGGGACAACUCAUAAUCCCAGUGGAGUUCACAAGGGAGGUGAUCCUCCGAUCUGCACCCACAACGCAUGGCCUGUGCAGUUCAGAGAAUGCAACAUUAAAAGAGUCAAUAGUAUAACUGGCAGCCAAUGUCUUUGGAGUAUGGACUUAGAUAAUCCUUGGGUGUAAAAUCGAGAAUCACCUGCACGCACUGAACAACAGAUGCUCCAAAAACAAGUCGUCGGCUUAGAGGAUUAUACAGAACUGCUAUGGUGUGACAUUGGAAUGCCAUUUAUUGGGAGUACUGUUUUUUUUAUUAUUCAUUUUUUUAUCUUAUUUGUUCCCAAUUGGAAAUGUCCCAGUAUAUGUCAGUACUUAUCCAAGUUGUUUUGCCCUUGUAUUCAUUUACAGUUGAGCAGUUAGAGCCAUUUUCACAUUUUAUGAUUUUUUAUUAACAAAGUUCGUGAGGAACACAUUCAAAUUGCCUAUCUAAUCAGUACGAGAGGAGGCGCAUAUAUA